AUGGAGAGUACUACCGUUGGUUUUAGUACGACUAUUGAUUUGAAAUAUGGAACCGGUGCUGCGGCUUUGGCGUUGCUCGCCUGGCUCCACUCCCAAAUAUUCGUUCCGAAGCAGUUGGCCAGCGCUGUAAUACUCGAUCGAAUUACGGAAGGAACUUUUUUGGCGAACAAGAGGCUCACGUGUGUUUAUAAGGCGUCCCGGGACGGUUGGUCGGCCAUCGACUUUCACAACCAGGUCGACGGACGGGGCUCAGCCGUGGUCGUGGCCCGAUCACGGUCGGGCAAAACCUUUGGCGGGUUCAACCCGAACGGAUGGCGUUCAACCGACGACUACUACGACUCGUCGUCCGCAUUUUUAUGGUCGGGCACUUCCGCGACAGCGAUCGCGAAGUUUCCGGUUUUGGCCGGCGGCAACGCAGCCAUUUUUGACUACGCUACCGGUGGACCCUGCUUUGGAAACUCGGACUUGCUGAUUGGACCACCUAAAGCUGCUAUAAUGGGUGGAUUCGCCGGACCCGAUAUGGAGAAUACUUCAACCAAUGCUGGUAACCUACGUCAGGCCAAGGCGUCGCCCGGGAUUACUUAUGAUGGUGACGCACGAUGGCCCGUUCUGGGCGAUGUCAGUCUCCUCGAAGUAGAGGUAUACUGCAAUGCAGCUGUUGGACAACAGCGAGCUUCUUGGUAG